UGUACUAGGGUAAUCAAUAGUGGUAGCUGCAGGACGGAGUAUUUUUUUGCUGAAAAUGAGCGCCUUGGAUUUCAACAUAGACAAUGGCUACCUUGAGGGGCUGGUGCGUGGCUUCAAGGGAGGGAUCCUAACGCAAACAGACUACCUUAAUCUUGUACAGUGUGAUACUUUAGAUGAUUUAAAACUCCACCUCCAGAGCACAGACUAUGGAAACUUUCUUGCCAAUGAGCCCAGUCCUCUCUCUGUAUCUGUAAUAGAUGACAAACUCAAAGAUAAACUAGUGGUUGAGUUCCAACACAUGCGGAAUCAUGCUGUCGAACCUCUAUCUACAUUCCUGGACUAUAUCACGUACAGCUACAUGAUCGACAACAUAAUCCUACUGAUCACGGGUACUCUCCACCAGCGCUCUAUCUCGGAGCUGAUUCCCAAGUGUCACCCCCUGGGCAGCUUUGAGCAGAUGGAGGCCAUACAUGUGGCGGCCACACCUGCUGAGUUGUAUAACGCGGUGCUGGUAGACACACCUCUAGCUCCUUACUUCAUAGACUGUAUCUCUGAGCAGGAUCUGGACGAGAUGAACAUUGAGAUCAUCAGGAACACACUGUACAAAGCCUACCUGGAGGACUUCCAUAAGUUCUGUAAGGAGAUGGGAGGGACAACUGCCGAGGUCAUGUGUGAGGCACUGGCUUUUGAGGCAGACAGACGAGCCUUCAUCAUCACCAUCAACUCGUUUGGCACUGAGCUGUCCAAGGAGGACCGUGCCAAGUUGUACCCGCGCUGUGGCAAGCUCUACCCUGACGGCCUGGCCGCACUCUCUAGGGCUGAUGAUUACGAGCAGGUCCGGGCUGUGUCGGAAUAUUAUGGGGAGUACAAGUUGUUGUUUGAAGGGUCAGGCACUGGACCAGGAGAGAAAACUCUGGAAGACAAAUUCUUUGAACAUGAGGUGAAGUUGAUGAUAAACGGGUUUAUGAACCAGUUCCACUUUGGCGUCUUCUACGGCUAUGUGAAGCUGAAAGAGCAGGAAUGUCGUAACAUCAUCUGGAUAGCUGAGUGUGUCGCACAGAGACACCGGGCAAAGAUAGACAGUUACAUUCCUAUAUUCUAAUAUUAUCAAGUGCUUGAGAUUGUAAUAUACGUGGACUUAUUACUGUGACUUAGUAACUUAUUUUUUGGUGCUCGCCAUGUUGUCGUUAUUGCCAAUAGAUGGCAGGUCGAUAUUAUGGCCAGGAUGUAAAUUUCACGCUUUAUUGAAAAAUGGAGUAUGGAAAAAAGAAUUUGUAAUUGGGUAUUAAAAUAUAUAUUAGUUAAAGUGUUUUGGGGUGAGUGGGUACUGCACGGAGGUUGAAAGUUGGUGCUGGUCACGGCUAUUUCGUUUUUGAUUUUUUUUUUCAAUGUUUUUUGUUUUUCUCCUGAACAUAAGAGGAGAAUUGAGGAUCCUGUGUCAAGCAGCACUCAUGAAAGCUGGUGAACGAAUCUGCAAUUUGCCUUUUUAUAAAGGCUUGAAUGAUUCACAGAAGAGAAUAAGACCACAAACUGUAUAAAAGUUUACUUUACAUUAUGCUUUAUAUAAAGAUGUGAAGACUUCACGACAGUCGGCUUAAUAGUGUGAUUCUCUAAAUGGUCAUAUCAAGUUAAAGAAGUAAAUAUUCCCAAUUGAAAAAAAAGAUAUGACACGUUUAUUUCAAGAGUUAUAUCAGUACAUGUUUAACCAUGUCAUACAGCAGUGAAAAUGUGGAUGUAUGUUAAAUAGUACAGCUGUAAAAACUGUUAGUGCAAUAAUAAAGUCUGUGGACUGUGUUUAUAUGUAAAUCUGAACGGUGUAAAUAAAAGAAAUAAAAAGUU